AUGCAGUUCUCCAAGAUCCUCGCUAUCUUCGCCGUUGGCGUUAGCGCCGCAGCUGCCACCGGAAGGUUCCAGGGCAACUAUGGGAACCACGCCGCCGCUCGCUUCACCGGCGGCCGUCGCGAGGGCAAUCCUUCCACCGACGGCCAGGACACCACUGGCGACGGCGGUGACACCGACGACACCGCCUCCAGCAGGCGCCCCAGGGGCGGCCGCAGGCAGUAA